UUACUGGACCUGAUGAAGAAGUUUGCAAUUUCUGAAACACAGUGCAACCCCAGGCUAAUUUUUAUUCUGAAGCAUAUGGCCAACAUACCUUUGGUAAAUAAACUCAAUACCAAACAGCACUUAAACCUUUUCCAAGUAUGCAAACAACAAACUUUGCUGUCUGCACAUCCUGGUGUUUCACAGCAACAUAACUAUAUGCAAAGGAAAUCCAGAAUCCAUUCUUUGGUCUGCAGCAUGCCAUAUAUUGCAUGAUAGUUUUGAUACACCCAGAUCACAGUGCCAAUCUCUGGUAGGGUACAUCAUGGGAAGGUUGGUGCUUCUGGCUCUUCUCACACUGCUGCAACAAGGAAGUGCAGCAAAUGUCAAGAACCUCCCUGAGAUUGUUCACCAUGAGACGGCAAUAGGGGACAACGAAGUCAUGGGGCAGUGCACAGUGUACUGUGCUUCCCAGCCAACUGCAUCCUGCCCAGCUCUGGACCAUCUCCUGCUGUACCUGAGUACACAGGACAGCCUACAGGGACAGCUGGCACAGCUGAAGAACAGGACAGACAGCCUCGAUGGGCAGCUGCAGCAACUAGCUCAACAGGAGCUGAAUGAGUUUCAGGCAGAAGUUGACCUGAAAGCAACAGUUGAGGCUCUUCAGGUGACAAUCAGCAGUCAGGACAGCAUCAUCCAACAGCAGGCUGCAGCUUUACAGCAACUAAGCAACACCAUCCAGCAACAGGCCAGCAUGUUGCAGCAACAAGAAACCACUAACCGACAACAAGCAACAACCUUGCAGCAACUGGAAGACAAAGUGAACGGUCCCCGUGACUGCCUGGAGCUGUUAAACACCGGCCACACCACCAGUGAUGUCUACACCAUCUACCCAGAUGGAGGGGGGAAGAGCCCCAUCCAUGUGUACUGUGACAUGGACACUGAUGGGGGCGGAUGGACGCUCCUGCAGAGGCGACAAGAUGGCUCCGUGAACUUCUACCUUGACUGGCAGGCCUACAAGACAGGAUUUGGAGAUCUGAGGGGCGAGUUCUGGUUGGGAAAUAACAAUUUGCACCGCCUGACUGUCCAGGACGUGUAUCAACUGAGGGUGGACCUGGAAGACUUUGAGGGAAACUCAGCCUACGCCAAAUACAGCACCUUCAGGGUGGAGGAUGAACUCCACAGGUUCAAACUGACAGUAGGGGGGUUCUCAGGAACUGCAGGAGAUGCCAUGGCAGGCCAUAACUCCAUGUUCUUCUCAACCAAGGACAGAGACAAUGAUGCCAGUUCUUCCCAUUGUUCCCAGACCUACAAGGGAGCCUGGUGGUAUAAUUCCUGUCAUUCUGCGAACCUGAAUGGCUUAUACCUUGUUGGAGCUCAUGUGUCAAAUGCAGAUGGGGUUAACUGGUACGAGUGGAAGGGACAUCACUAUUCCCUCAAACACACUGAGAUGAAGAUCAGGCCACAUUAGAUUUACACUGACUGUAGGGAUUUUUUAUGGUCA